AUGGCGUACCUCCACCAGCUCCGCUCCUGCAUCCACGGACCCAGGGACGAGACUUCAGCUUCGGCUUCACCCCUGAAACUGGAUUUACGUCAUUUACACGCAGCGAGACAGCGAGACACUGGGAUAGACCCCCCGCGAAGAGAGCCACAUCCACAAAUUCAACACAUACUGGUCAGUGAUGGUCAUUGGUUCAGAGCAGUAGCCAUGUCUACAGACUCUGAGAGCUCCAUCGACUGGCUGGAGUCUGACCAUGAGGAGGAGAGUGAACGUAACGAGGAGGAGAGUGACCGUAACGAGGAGGACAGUGACCGUAACGAGGAGGACAGUGACCGUAACGAGGAGGACAGGGCAGCGUCCUCGGCCCCGGCCUCGGCCCCCGCUCCCCGUCAGUCCCUGAAGAGGCAGCGCAGCCCCCAGACUGCCCCCCCCAGCACCUCCCACAUGGAGCAGCUCUUCAGUCGGAAGUGUGCCGAGCUCCAAUGUUUUAUCCGGCCUUUGUCUUUGAUCUUGAAUGGACUUCGUUCCGGCAGAUACAGAGAACGACUCAGCACUUUCCAAGAGAGUGUGGCCAUGGACCGCAUUCAGAGGAUCAUGGGCGUCCUGCAGAACCCCUGCUUAGGGGAUAAAUACAUAAACAUCAUUCUGAAGAUGGAGGAGAUGCUGAAGAGCUGGUUUCCUCACGUCCAGCUCCCGCCUCGUGCCGCUGAGACAGACGACCCUGUUCCCGCCAAGAAGUCUAAGCUCCGCCCUUCUCUGCCUGUGGGGCCCUUCACCGUCACUGACACAGACUCGGGGCCCCACGUCCUGAGGGUCACGGACCUCACGCCGCCCGGAGCCCACAGAACCGUGAAGUGGCUGCACACGUCUCCGCUCUGCUCCCCCAGGGCCCAACUCAGCCCCGCCCCGGACCUCACCCAGGACCUCACCCAGGACCUCACCCAGGACUGUGCCGUGUCCUCCACCACAGACUCUCACACGGAGCCCAGGCCCCGGGGCCCGCCGCUGGGGAAGAUCAACGCGCCGUGUCUGGAGAAGCUGCUCAAGGCCACAGAGAGCAUCAUCACACAGAGGAUGGACGGCUCCUCUCCUCAGCUCCUCGUGGUCCUCAGCUCCUCGUGGUCCUCAGCUCCUCGUAGUCCUCAGCUCCUCGUGGUCCUCAGCUCCUCGUGGUCCUCAGCUCCUUGUGGUCCGCAGCUCCUCGUGGUCCGCAGAGGCCGUUGCUUCUUCAUUCCAGGACCUCAGGACUUUGAGAGGGACUCGAGCUCGGACUCUGGACUCGAGCUGAGACUGAGGAUUCUAAACUCGGUCUCUGGAUUCAAGCUUGGACUGCGGACCUGA